GUGAAUUCCAAAUCCCCCCCGACGGAGGCAUGGGCAUCCAAACGACUCCGCGGUCUCCUCGCCGCUCUGGAGGCGACGAAUUCAAGUUCUCGGGUCCCCAUCGUGUCUAUCCGGAUCCGGAUCUAAUCCAAACCCGUUUAUAGUAACCCGGCUUCGUGCUUUGUGGUGUAGGGUUUAAAUAACACCUUUCCCCAUUUCGCACUUGGCAGCGGCGAGGCGAUUCAAAGAAUUUGGCGAACUUGUCGUCGGCGUUGCAAAUUUCGGCGUCGAUGGCUUCCAAUUCUUCUUCCUUUUUGGGCCACCGCGGCUUCGGUAUCAGACCGUCGAAGUCUUCUCUUCCGCCGGCGUGGAGAAGCCAUGGGAUUUGCCAGUGCGUCGCUGCUCCCUCUGAGCAGACUGCUUACAACACGAAAGUUUCUCGAAAUGCAAAUAUGGCAAAACUUCAAGCUGGUUAUCUGUUCCCAGAGAUUGCUAGAAGAAGAUCAGCACAUAUGUUAAAGUACCCUGAUGCACAGGUGAUAAGCCUUGGUAUUGGUGACACUACAGAACCUAUUCCAGAAGUUAUAACCUCUGCCAUGGCUAUGAGGGCACAUUCCCUAUCAACAGUUGAGGGUUAUAGUGGUUAUGGAGCAGAACAAGGUGACAAGAACCUAAGAGCUGCUAUAGCGUCAACAUUGUAUGGAGACCUUGGUAUUGAAGAAACUGAUAUAUUUGUCUCAGAUGGUGCAAAGUGUGACAUCUCUCGUCUUCAGCUACUUUUUGGAUCCAAUGUGAAGAUGGCAGUGCAAGAUCCAUCAUAUCCAGUGUAUGUUGAUUCAAGUGUUAUUAUGGGGCAAACUGGCUUAUUCCAGAAGGAUAUUGAGAAGUAUGGAAACAUUGAGUACAUGCGAUGCACACCUGAGAAUGGUUUUUUCCCUGAUUUAUCAACUGUUCCAAAGACGGAUAUCAUUUUCGUUUGUUCACCAAACAAUCCAACUGGUUCUGCGGCAUCCAGAGACCAGCUAACGCAGCUUGUGCAGUUUGCAAAGGACAAUGGGUCUAUCAUAGUCUACGAUUCUGCUUAUGCCACGUAUAUUUCAGAUGACAGUCCACGAUCUAUCUUUGAAAUUCCUGGUGCAAAAGAGGUUGUGAUUGAAACAUCAUCUUUUUCUAAAUAUGCUGGGUUUACUGGUGUUCGUCUUGGUUGGACUGUCAUCCCCAAGGAGUUACUUUUCUCUGAUGGAUUUUCUGUCGCCGAGGAUUUCAAUCGCAUAGUGUGUACCUGCUUUAAUGGUGCAUCUAAUAUUGCUCAAGCUGGGGGUCUAGCUUGUCUUUCUUCUGAAGGUUUAAAGGCCAUGAAGGAUGUGGUCAGAUUCUAUAAAGAAAAUACUGAAAUAAUCGUUGAUACAUUUACUUCACUUGGUUUCAAUGUAUAUGGUGGGAAGAAUGCUCCCUACGUUUGGGUGCACUUUCCAGGUCGAAGCUCAUGGGACGUCUUUGCUGAGAUUCUGGAGAAGACGCAUCUGGUUACAACCCCUGGCAGCGGGUUUGGGCCUGCAGGCGAGGGCUUCAUCAGGGUCAGUGCCUUCGGUCAUAGAGGAAAUGUUAUUGAAGCUUGCAAAAGAUUGAAACAGCUGUACAAGUGAGUAAGAAUGGCGCCAUGCAGCUAUUGCUAUUUUACAGGAGUUUGCAAUAUCCUGGUAUCUUCAUUGACAAUUGUCUUCUGUUCUAUGAUAUUUAAAGUUUGGGCCAUGGAUUAGGAGAAGGAAGCAAUACUCUGGUAUAGAAUGAGCCGUUCUCCAGAAUGUAGUUUGCUCUUUGGGGUUCACACAUUUAUCUAGGAGGAAACCUUCUCCUUCUGGGAGUUGAUCAAAGCCUAUGCAUGACUGCAAGACUGUUGAAUAUCUGCAAAUAACUCUAUUCCUAUUGUUGGUGCAGUUGUUUCAUUAAUUCCCCAGUUUGACGCCUCUGAUGCCCUAUCAGAUCUCUUGCGCUGUUUGUUGCAAAUGCUUCUUAGAUCCUCAUAGGGUUCAUUUCCGAUGUGGCUUUUCUAGGAAAGGUUGCUCAUGCAGUCCGGUAGAUCAACUGUUCGUGGAGCAUUGCAAUUUGAUUUUGGAUGCCCUAUCAUUUCUCCCAAGUAUGGGAAAAGGUGAUUGUUUCUAUGAACUGGAAAUGUCACUGAAUAAAUCUUUUUGUCAUGUUAUGUGGGUUCUUAAAUCAAUGGAAUGUAUAAUGCCAGCUUGGAAAGGAUUGAUGGAAAAGUACUGUAUCAGUAGUGAAUGAGUGGAAUUCUUAAUCAUGCUAAUCUGACGUCCAAGGUUUGGGUGGAAUUGUUGCUGUUCUCAGGUCCAAAAACUGCAUCUCUUCGGUGAUGACUCGGGUAGCUAAAAGGCUGAUGCUGGGGAGGGAAGGGCUUAAUGUGUCACAAUCCGUCUAAAAGAUUGUUAAAACGGUAACACAGGAAGAGAUUAGUGUGUAGCCAUAUUUAGCCUGCACCCUUACGUUUGUUCGCAACCCACUUAUUGCUCUGUAAUUGAACCUGACGAACUUAAUUGUGGAUCAUUUGUUCUGUUUGUGGAUGUUGGAAUGCGAUGCAGAAUUGGAAUAGGAUCCAGAAAGAGACUAUCAGCUCUUAUAAGGAUAUUUACAGAGAUUAUUUAGGGGGAAUAAUGGGGAAUGAAUAUACACUUCUUUUUUUGAGUUAAAUUCAAAAUAAAAGUAUAUC